AUAGAUUUUUCCUCUUGAGAUUCCCCACCUGUUUACUAUUUACUAACAUCUUUUUUGUUUAGGUUAUGGGACAUACUUAUAAUUGCAGAGUUGUAGUCUGUGUCUGCUAAUUCAACAUCUGAAUUAGCCAGGAUGUCUCUUGGGUGAUUUUUCUCUUGACAGUAGGUCACAUUUUCCUGUUUCUUUGCAUGUCCGUUUUUUAUUGCAUGCUAACAUUGUGAACAACACAUUGCAGCGACUCUGGAUUUGGUUAUCUUUCUCUGAGGAGUGUUGAUUCUGUUCUGGCAGUCAGUUACAUUACUGACAGAUGACCUCAAACUUCUGGAGGCUUGGUUUUAUGCCUUGUUGGGAGAGAUCUCUAGAGCGACCCUUCUGGGAUGUUAGCAGGAAGCCCGAGGUGUUUAUUAAGCCCCUCAAACUGGGCUAAACCCAGGCUCCAAACUUUGUCUCCCCUGCAUUUGGAGCUGAAAUCCCUGCUAAGCUCUUUCAUCCUCCUAGACCCACACACAAGCGCAAGUCGGGUCAACCAAGAAGCAGUUUACACGGUAAACUGAGUUUGCACAGAAGAAUGUGCAGCCCCCCAAGGUUCCUACUUUGGGGAUUCCCCCUUUCAUGUCCAUCUUCUCUGACAACCUAAAAGUCUGUCCUCUGAUGCUUCAGCCAGAUAAACCUGCAACUUUCUGCUUAGGUCCUUACCGCCUACAACGUAAGGUCGCGCCUUAGCAGGACAUAGAAAUCUUCCAUAUUUUUCCAGCAGUAUAGUUCUUCACUUUGUUUAUGCGAUUGAUGGGUAUUUGUGUUGCUUCCUGCCUUUUUGUUAUUACAGCAAUCAGUCGGCUAUUUUUUAUUUCUCUUGCUACAAGCUUUACAGGCCUGCGCCACCUGUUACAGUCCACAGAUGUAGUGAAACCUUCAGUUUGCAAAAAGACUAAGUCUUUGCUAGAUUUUUUGCAAACAUCCUGUCAUUUGCAUCAUAGUUGGUUCAUUCAUUGGAUCGGACUUUAUCCUGACAGCCUUUUUCCUGGAACUAGUCUUGGGGGUCAGAGCCCCAGACACGAUGAACCCGAGCCGGUUCCCUUCGGCUUCACCAUAAUUCACCUUUCCCAUGGGACUGUCGGGUCACAGUGACGCAUGCAGGGCUCCGUGUAAUGAAGCCCCCCCAGCACGUGCCAUCUGGCCCCCCAUCCAAAUUCCCCGGAGGACAUCCAGGUGGGCGUGCACACCCCUCUUCCCCAGGAGUUUAUCCAGCCAGCGGGGAGGGGUCCCCCAGAAGAAAGGGGAGACACCGGUGCAGAUCAUCUUCCCCCCACGCCACCCCCGUGGGUGAGUGCAGCCCCGCCCAUCUCUGCAGCCCCGAACAACAGCGUGAUGAGGGCGGGGCGGCCCAGGGGUGAUGGGGCCGUGGCCGUGGCCCCUCCCGAAGUCAUGCAGCCGCCACAGGGUAUCAGGAGAAUUAAAGUGAGGUAACGUGCUCAGGCCGCCCAGAACAACAGCUGGAGCACAGCAGGUGCUCAGUAAAGAUGCCACGGGGCCACGGUCCAUAAAGCAGGGGAGGGAAUCGAGUGUAAGCCGUGCCAGAGGCUUGCAGCUUUGCUAGGGAAGGGAGGAGGGCGUGGAAAUUAUACCCAGAUACCUGCAGUCAAGCGCACGCUGCACCCGACAUGAAAUCGCCCCUCUCCAACAAUGGAAGGGAGGAAAUUCAGCCCAGGGCCUGCCCUGGGGUGCCGUGAAUCUGAAACGACAGGGCAGGGGCACGCCACUCUCCACGGUUCCCCGUGUGGUCGCCGGGGUCUCCCGCACACUGUGCUGUCCCUGUUACACCGAGUAUCGGCUGAGGCACCAGUUGUCCAGGGUGUCCCUCUGGCUGCUGGUGAAAGUGUGCCAGUCCCCGGCAGGGGGACCAGCCACAGAGAGGGCUGCUGCGCCUUUAAGAAGCAAGGCGAGGUCACCGUUAAUCAUAUAACUUUAUUGUCCUCCUGGGCUAUAAAGGAAAUGUCCUCCUCAUUCCGAACAUCUUUUUUAUGGUGUCCAUAAACAGUGAAUUGCCAGUGACUGUUCCCUGCGUUAGAACAUCCUUGGUCAGUUGGGAGGUGCGAGGGCGGCUGCCGGGGUCGGGAGAGAGCAAAAGUGGAACAAGAGAGAGAGAAGAGCUCGUGCAGGCGGCGCUGGCCCAGGUGGCGGAGCAGUUCUCAAGAGCGUUCAAAAUCAACGAACUGAAAGCCGAAGUCGCGAACCACUUGGCAGUGCUGGAGAAGAGGGUCGAACUGGAAGGACUGAAAGUGGUGGAGAUCGAGAAAUGCAAGAGCGACAUCAAGAAGAUGAGGGAGGAGCUGGCGGCCAGGAGCAGCAGGACCAACUGCCCCUGUAAGUACAGCUUUUUGGAUAACAACAAGAAGUUGACACCUCGCCGAGACGUCCCCACUUACCCCAAGUACCUGCUCUCCCCCGAGACCAUCGAGGCCCUGCGGAAGCCGACCUUCGACGUCUGGCUCUGGGAGCCCAACGAGAUGCUGAGCUGCCUGGAGCACAUGUUCCACGACCUCGGCCUGGCCAGGGACUUCAGCAUCAACCCCAUCACGCUCAAGCGGUGGCUGCUCUGCGUGCACGACAACUACAGGAACAACCCGUUCCACAACUUCCGGCACUGCUUCUGCGUGGCGCAGAUGAUGUACAGCAUGGUCUGGCUCUGCCGCCUCCAGGAGAAGUUUUCCCAGAUGGACAUCUUGAUCCUGAUGACGGCGGCCAUCUGCCACGACUUGGACCAUCCAGGCUACAACAACACGUACCAGAUCAAUGCCCGCACGGAGCUGGCGGUCCGCUACAACGACAUCUCGCCGCUGGAGAACCACCACUGCGCCGUGGCCUUCCAGAUCCUCGCCCAGCCCGAGUGCAACAUCUUCUCCAACGUGCCGCCGGACGGGUUCAAGCAGAUCCGACAGGGAAUGAUCACAUUAAUCUUGGCCACCGACAUGGCGAGGCAUGCAGAAAUCAUGGAUUCUUUCAAAGAAAAAAUGGAGAAUUUUGACUACAGCAACGAGGAGCACCUGACCCUGCUGAAGAUGAUUUUGAUAAAAUGCUGCGACAUCUCUAACGAGGUCCGGCCCAUGGAAGUCGCGGAGCCGUGGGUGGACUGUUUAUUGGAAGAGUAUUUUAUGCAGAGCGACCGCGAGAAGUCGGAGGGCCUCCCGGUGGCCCCGUUCAUGGACCGGGACAAAGUGACCAAAGCGACGGCCCAGAUUGGGUUCAUCAAGUUUGUGCUGAUCCCCAUGUUCGAGACAGUGACCAAGCUCUUCCCCGCAGUCGAGGAGCUCAUGCUGCGGCCGCUGUGGGAGUCCCGGGACCACUACGAGGAGUUGAAGCGGGCCGACGACGCCAUGAAAGAGCUACAGAAACGGACGGAGAGCCUGACGUCCGGGGGCCCCGAGACGUCCAGAGAGGACAGCAGAGAUGUGAGCAGAGGCGAAGCCCGCUCCUGAGGACAGCAGAGGCCACGGCCCGCUCUCCGCGCCCGGCGCCGGCACCACGCUUCCUGGGGACCGUUUUGUUCACCGAAACACAAAGGAAUCCAUGACACUGUACAGAAUUUUUAUUUUUAAACUGGCUUUUAAAUAAUAUAUUCUUAUACA